AUGGCCGCAGUUCGCACAGGAGCCGUCGGAUUAUCGAAACAGCCGAGAUUCGUUAUGUAUUCCUCCAAUCGAAGUUCCGAUUGGGGGUCUCGCGACGAACGCAAUCAGGAGAAAAGUGCGCCGUCGUCCGCGUACGGUAGACGCUACGGUGUUGCGAUGAGUAAUGCGGAAUCGGUGCGACAGAAAUGGAAGAUUCGAAUGAGGCUCUCGGACUUGAAAGUCAAGUUAUGCGAUGUGACAUUGGUUCUCGCCAUAUCCGGACUAAUAUUGGCGAUUAGUGAUGUCGAAAUACGAGCAACGGGUCUUCUUGGAGAAUAUGUAAUAUCAAAUGAAGUGUCAUUCAUAUUGCGUAUGGCUACAAUUGUCACAACCAUUGGGUUAUUGAUCUCUUUAUUAAUUUAUCAUUUUUUUGAUGCAAAGAUACAAUUAGUCGAAACGGGAACUUCAAAUUGGCGGGUUGGUGUUUCGAAAAAUAGGCUUCUUCAGAUUGUUCUUGAGCUUGCUGUAUGCUCAAUCUGCCCAUUCCCAGAAACGGGUUGGAUUAACUGGCCUUAUCUAUCCAACGAUCCCAUUAAAAUACGUGAGAAAAUCAAAGUUCCGGUAUCCGUUCUCCUGACACUUCCAAUGUUUCUUCGUUUAUACAUUGUAUGCCGCUAUAUGGUUCUUCACAGCUCCCAAAAUCAAGACACAGCAACUAGAACAAUCGCUUCUUUAAACCAUAUUUCCGUGGAUUUCCGGUUCGUAUUCAAAAGCGAAAUGUAUGACCGACCCCUCUACGUCUUAUCAAUUGCUUCAAUUUUAUUCUGGUGCAUAACAUCUUGGAUGUUAACACAAUGUGAAAGAUACGCCUAUCCAAGCAUUGGCGGAUUUCAACAUUUUGCCGAUUAUUUAUGGUUCGAAAUAAUUACAUUUUUCUCGAUCGGCUACGGUGAUAUUCAAGUGAACACAUUUUGCGGAAGAGGAUUGGCAAUGUUGACUGCAAUUGUGGGAACCCUAUUCUCAUCGACUUUAAUUGCGUUGAUUAGUCGAAAAUUAGUGCUGACAUCAUGUGAAAAGCGCGUCAAUCACAUAAUUGCUGAGAACAAAAUCACCAAUGAACAUAAGCAUGCAGCAGCUUGUGUUCUGCAAAACACAUGGCGAACCGUCCUGAGGUCUAGAGAGUACGAGAAGAAAAACUCGAAAAGGAACCAUGUGCAGCUUGCCGCCGCUCAAAGAGCACUGCUCUCUUCAAUUCUAAGCUUCCGAAAAACACGUUGGCGCCUUCGAAUGCAAUUAGAAGAUGAAGACGACUAUUUCACGGCUAGAAGGGCAUUUACUGAAACUGAAGAGCGUUUGCAAAAUGUGCGCCAACGACAGUCGCAAUUAGACGCCAAAAUUUCAAAUUUAUUCGAAAAUGUGGAAUCAUUGACGAAAAUCGUUUUGUGCCGAAAUUGUCGCAUUCGAUAA